UUACUUUAGCCGGAGCAGAAAAUGGAUGCUUCCUGCUAGCUGGAUGGAUAUCUGUGGCUCCCAGCGGGUUCUGCGCAGCGCUUCUAUCCCUUCGUCACGGAGAGUCCCCUUAGAAGACUCAGACCUGCCUGUCGCUUUGCUCAUGAGCCGCGUUAAGUUUGACAACUAUUAUAAAGUAAAUGAGCAGAGUGUCGCUGCUCAAGUGGAGCCGGAGGCUACACAGGCAGCUAGCAGGCUCAUGCUAGCAUCCAGCAGCGGACUGGGAAAGGAUGCUAGCUAAAAGAGGCUAGCACCAUCAUAAUAACAGCCGGCUCACCGUAGCAAUACAUCCUGCUCAGCUGAACUACAGAGAUAUAAGUCGGACCAGAGGCUACACCUAAAGGUAUGGCCUGGAUUUGAUUUGGACGGUGCUGGUGAUGGCAGAAGGGACUGACACUGGCGAAAUGCCCUCCUUUGACCCAAGUCCUAGUUCUGAAGCAAAAAAGAGACCUAAUUCUUCUGAUGGCAGAGACGAGCCCAUGAGGAAAAUGCCUGUGACAAAAUUUGGAUCGAGACUUCGAUUUGAGCCUGUGCACUUUGUCAGUGGUGGAAGCAAUGCAGGAACUGGCGCUGAUGAGAAGGAGAAUGACAAAGAUCGUAGGAGGAGUGAGUCGUAUGGUGCGAGACAGUGGGACUCUGAACAGUCGUCCUACAGCAGCACCGGCAGAGCGCAGGGCUCCUCCCUGAGGCCUGCGUUUGACAGAGUGCCAUCAUACACUUCUGACUCCUGGGGUUCACAUAGGGACAGAGAUAGAGACAGAGAGAUUUGUUCAGGUAGUGGCUUGGGUUAUUCAAGCCGUGCGCCAACAAACUUCAUGUCAAAAACACAGCAGGACUACACAGCCAAAUAUGAAGCCCACAGCUCUCGAAAUUCAGACUCUUAUUCUCAGCCCCACAGAUACAAUGGCUACGGAGGAGGGAGCAGAUCAGGAGGCUGGGACUCAGGACGUCAGGGUUUGGGGUACGGCCAUCAGGACAGACCAUCAUCAAGCAGACCUUUCAACAGAGUCUACAACAGCCCUGGCAGGAACAGUCCUAAUGUGGCUCAGUCGGGGUCUUCAUCACAGCCUGUUCCUAUAUCUCAGUCAACAUUAGAUGAGAAGCAAAGGCUGAUUGCCAAUGUAGCGUCGGCAUUAGCUGUUGCGUUUAGGGACCCUAUGUUCAUGACUGGAAGUGACUCACCAAACUAUAAUUUCAUGUUGAGCCGUAGCAUCCAGGCUUGCAAAACCAACCCUGAGUAUAUUUAUGUCAACCUGAAGGAUAUUCCUCAGGCUGACCUACCGAAGAACAGAAAAGUACCGACAGAUGGUUAUGCCUGUGAACUGAGAUGCCAGGGUGUGUAUCUUGCCACUGGAUACUCCGGCAGUAAAAAUGGAGCGAGGGACCGGGCCUCUGAGCAGGCCGUGAAACUUUUCCUGAAACCAGUCGAGGUUCGUGUUGUGCAGCGAAAAUACAGACACUCAAUAGUCAACGACAUGGUUGUGUGCCAGAUGCACAGCCCAACACCAGCGUUUUUACCUGCGCUCCGCAACCCAGAGGAUAAACCAACACCCAGCUCUAAGGGCCAGUAUGAGCCUGACAAACGUAAACACUGGACAGAGUUUGUGGUUAUGGACAAUGCUCAUGAUGCCAUCUGCAUACUAAACAACUCUGCGGCUUUUAAUCGCAUGAAGAUAGACUAUAAGUUCGAUCUCCUUCCAAACAACAGCGCGUGGCUGUGCAGUGUUUUCCUGCAGGAUGAGCUGGUAGCACAAGCGACGGGCACUAAAAAGAGCUCAAAGCAUGCAGCAGCCGAAGAGGCGGUGAGGAAACUUCGCAUGAACCAAGCACAGCGGCAGCAGCAGCAACAACAACAGCAGCAGCAACAACAGCAACAGCAGCAGCAGCAACAACAACAACACCAACCACAACAGUCACAGUACUACAGAGGAAAUAAUCAGUCAGAUUGUGUUGGACGCUUUGGACAGCAGGGUGGCAAAAAGAAGCAUCUGAGUGAGCUGGUUAUUCUGGAGAACUCUGACAAUGCAAUCUGUAUCAUUAAUGAUACGGCUCAGUUUAAUAAAGUGACUGCAGAUUACAAGUUUAUGGUUCUGCCUGAUCAUCGCUGGAGGUGUGAAGUUUACCUAGAAGGGCAGUAUGUUGCAGCAGGUAUUGGGCCAAAGAAAAUAGUCAAGCACAUUGCAGCAGUUGAGGCUUUAGCCACUUUGAGACAGACGCAGGCUGUGGUCAAAUCGAACCUGAGAAAGGAGGGUCACAACGACGCCAUAUCCCGCUCUCAGAUCCUGGCUCGCUCUGGUGAGGAGGCCACAAAGCAGGAGAUUAAGGAAGACAACAUUGGAAACCAGCUUCUACGUAAGAUGGGCUGGAAAGGAGGUGGUCUGGGCCGAGACGGGGAAGGAAUCGCAGAACCAAUCAGAGUGAAGGAGCAGUUCUCGAGAGAAGGUUUGGGUAUGGACACGGACAAAACUGGAAAUCAGCUUAGCAAGCGUGACAUUGAGGACAUCAUUCGUAACUAUGCCAGUUCAGACCGCCAGGACGACCUUCGCUUCUCGACUGACCUCACCAAUGAUGAACGCAAGCAGAUCCACCAGAUAUCUCAGAAGUACGGCCUGCGAAGCAAGUCGUACGGACAGGGACGGCAACGGUUCCUUGUUGUCAGUCGGAAAGUUCACAAAGACCAGCUCAUUGGUCAGCUUUUACAGGAAGGACAGGUGGGACGAUACGAGCUUGUGAAACCUCAGGCCUCUCACUAAUUUGCAUGCAGAGAAGAACGGACAAAUUGCCAUCGGCUUGGACUUUAAAGCAAACCACACUCAAGUGUACCUGCUGUGUUUUUACUUGUGUGUGACAAAUUUUCAACACACACUAAUAAAUGAGAAUCUCUCUCAUGUCACUUGUGGUUUCUGCAUUCCUUCGCCAUACAUUGUACUUUAGCUUUAGCAGGGGCUGAAGGAUGAGUAAUUUAAUUUGUCUUUUGUGUCUCCUGCCAUUCCACAUGUCUGAGCUUGUGGUCAGUGCUUUGUGGUAUCAUGUCCUGAUGAUGCUCCAGUUAUUUCACUUAUCUUCAAUUUUAAAAAAAUGACUGCGGUUUCUGUUAUCAAAAUCCACUUCUUGUUUCGUUACUGUUUAAGGAACCUGGCAGAAUAUGCAGCUUUCCACUGCUUGUUUGUGAACAUUGUAGACGGUUGACUCAUGAGAGACGAGGACUAGUGAGGCAAUAACAUCAAACUGUAGCGAGGUGUUCAUUCCAGUCUCACUGUAGUGAUUUUCUGUAUUCAGCAAUACCUGCAAUGUCAUUUGCUAUUUCGACACCUGGAGAUCAUUCUAUAAGUACAAGCUGCAUCCAAGAACAGAAAAUCUUCACAUAGGAACUGUAAGCUGUGAUCUUUGUUCAAUGUCAGAUGUAUUGGUUUGUGUGAGUACAGUUAACGUGUCUGCUUGUUUUCACAGCUGUAAUUACUGAAUAAAUUAAAACUGACAACCAUCAACAAGCUGA